AUGCACCACACAGUGCCGAUCAAUUCAACCUCGACAGAAGUGGAAUUUUCUCUCCUCCGUCUUCCUCCUCGCUUCGAGUCAUACAAUGUAACACUCAAAGCAACAGGGGCAGAUGGCCAUCAUGUUCACACUGCGACGACAUCACUUUACCAUCUACCCGCCCGAACGGACGGGGGCAGUGUCACAAAAGUGGAUAGCCUCUACGGCGGACUCUCUGUCCAAAAUCAAACUAACCCAUCAGUCUGGACCCCACUGCUUCCGUACUCAUACUACGUUAGCUGGGACGGCUGGCUCGAGAAAUCACUAGACAACGUCCAGAAAUUCAAAGACGACGGCUACAACAUUAUUCACCUCGUCCCAAAUGCAGGCCUCGCAAAUGAAGCAUUCAACUUCACCGAGCUGAGCCUCUUCCUUGACAGAAUGGACGAAGUCGGUCUAUGGCUUAUGUACGACAUGCGCUGGACGUACAAGAAUCUCACCUCCGUCCGCGAACAGGUAGAUCUUCUCAAAGACCGGAAGAGCAUGUUACUGUGGUACACAGGCGACGAGCCAGAUGGACAAGGCGAUCCACUGAAUGCCACCCGGAUCACAUACGACCUUAUCAAGUCGAUUGAUCCCUACCACCCCGUGUCUUUGUGCCUGAACUGCUACAACUUCUAUUUUGAAGAGUACUCAUCCGGCGCGGAUAUCAUUCUUUCAGAUGUGUAUCCCAUCGCCGUGAAUACAAGCUGGUCGACUGUUUACGAGACGCCUUGUAACACUACGUACGGGUGCUGUGGAUGUGAUGAUUGCGAGGGUAAUGUGGAAGAUAUCUCCGUUCGGCUGGAUAAGUUUGCAGAGUAUCAGAGCUGGCUUGGAACAAGCCCUAAGCCUUUGUGGGGGGUUCCAAUGGCAUUUGGGAAUGAGACCUUUUGGACUCGGUAUCCGACUGCGGCGGAAGAGGUUACUAUGACUAUGCUUAGUUUGAAUCAUAAUGCGAAGGGCAUUGUCAUGUGGGAUUGGCCGACUACUACUGAGUUGGCUAACGUGACAAGUGCGCUAAGUCGGGUUCUUGCCGGGGAAGAGGUUACUGGUUUCUUGCUGGGUGCGCCUACGGCUUCGUUAGAGGCCAAGGGGCAUUCGAAGAUGGAUGUUGCGGGAUGGAGGCUUGGGGAUCAUAUGUUGGUUAGUCUUUUGUCAUUGCAGACUCCCUCGUGGUCGUCGUCUGUGACUGUGGAGUUACCGCAGGGGGCCCAGUCAGUUACUCAAGUUCUCUGGGGCUCUAGGGAAUGGAAGGUAGUCGGUGGGCACUUGGUUAAGGAGGGUGGACAUGGUUUAGAGACUGAUUUGGUAGUUGUUAAGCUUGCCUCUACAUAA